UGCAAGGCAGCCAAUAGAUUUAGGUUUUGUUUACACGCAGCCGAUUGCGUGGCGUCUGCCCAACAAUCAGCAUUAUUUAGCUUUUAUUUUCGCACAUUUUGCAUAAAUUAAAGCUGACAAUCUGGCCGGCGGACUGCGGACUGCGGACUGCGGACUGCAGACUGUCGGUGGCUCUUGGGCUCUUGGGCUGUUGGGCUUUCGAGCCAGGUUUAGUUACCAAUUUCGUGUGCAGCCGGUCGGUUUGAAUGCGGCAUGGCGUGGAUACAGUGAGCAAACAGCGAUCGAAUGGAAAUAUUGUAACAGCAAUUACAAAUCGCAGCUCUAUAAUGUGUGCCCACUUGAGUGGAUCGGCGGUGGUGCAGGUGGUUGGGCUGUUGGUGGUGCUAGUGGUGCUAUCGGCACCACCGGCCAGUGAAAGUGCCAAGCUCCCGAAGCGCCAGUAUCCCGCUGGAGUGGAUUUCUUCGAGCACGAGUUCACCAGCGUGGCGGCAGAUGAAUACGAUCCGUUUGGUCCCGACAUUGGUGACGAUGACUUGGGCAUCGACGAUCCGGAGACAAUGCCCCGUCUGUUCCAAGGAGACAUUGCCAUUGAUCCGUACACCUACAUCACUCUCCGGCUGGGUGUUAACCCAAUGCGGCAUCCCAAGCGACUUUGGCCCAACGGAACGAUUCCCUUUGAGAUCAGUCCUCGCUACGCGAAUCCGGAAAGGCAGGCGAUAGUGCAGGCGGUGAAGACCUUCAAUUCCCUGACCUGCGUGCGGUUUGUGCCCUACGAUGGCGAGGUGGAGGACUACCUGUUGAUCGAGCCACCGGUGGAUGGGCCCCAGGGAUGCUGGUCCUAUGUGGGCAGGCGGGGGGGUGAGCAGGUGGUGUCCCUGCAAAGACCGGAUGACAAUAGUGCCCAUUGCUUCAGCAGCGAGGGGAGAGUGAUGCACGAACUGAUGCACGCCAUUGGCAUAUACCACGAACAGUCGCGGGCCGAUCGCGAUAACUUUGUGAAGAUCCACUGGGACAACAUUGUGCCGCGAUUCAGGAAGAACUUCAAGCUGGUCUCCAAGAAAAAGGGGAAGUACGCCUUCGACUACGACUACAAUUCGGUGAUGCACUACGGCGAGUUCUACUUCAGCAAGCGGAAGGGCGAGAAGCCCACCAUGACCCCCUUGCAGCCUGGAGUUAGGAUCGGCCAGCGGAAGACCAUCAGCAAGAUCGACUGCCUCAAGAUCAACGAGCUGUACGGAUGCCUUCAAGGUCGUCGGGCCAAAAUGUAUCGCAGUUUCUGCCAUCUGCUUGGUUUGUGAACGGGAAGCUGGCUCAGAGACCUUUAUAAAUCACAUUGAUUUGUUAUUUAAUAAACUUAUUUGUAGACUUGAAUGUUAUGUGUGAGCUACAUACAUAUGUACAUAUGUAUAUUAAAAACUGAAUUGUGGGUGCUGCAACUAA